CACCAGCAUGGGCAUCUAACAUGCUCACUACUCUCCACCCCUCCUCAUCCACGACACAGACAACAACAACAAUGGGCGUCCCGCAGUACCCCGUGUCGACGUUCCGCGCGAGCGCCAAGCCGUCGGCGAACGGCAUCCCCCGCACGUUCGGCCAGGUCGUCGAGGCGCUGGUCCGCGUGCUCGUCGCGCUGAUUACCACGCCGGCCAACAUCGUCACCUGGCUGCUCUUCUGCCCGCCGAUCCCGCUCAAGCUCUUCCUCCUCUCCCGCAUCGUCAAGUACAGCCGCUCGCUGACGCCGUACCUCCUCGCGCGGGAGAGCAAGAAGGAGGCAAGCCACAAGCCCGCGCGCCCGGUCGUGCCGUUCGGCGAUAUCGAGAAGACCGUGUCCACGACCAACGUCACUGUCCCUGCCGCCAAGCGCCAGCCCAGCGCGCCACCCCAGAUCCAGCCCACCGAGGCGUACGGCUUCAUCCUCACCCCCAACGGCUCGAAGGGCAAGGGCGCCGACAAGGCCCAGCCGGGCGAAAAGAUCAUCAUCUACUUCCAUGGCGGCGCGUACGUCGUGGGCCACCCGCUCUGGACGCCGUUCGCGCUCCAGCUGGCGCGGGAUGCGCGUGUGCGCGUGUACGCCGCGCAGUACCGCAAGGCGGUGGAUGCGACCUCUGCCUGGCCGGCGCAGCUGCAGGACGGCCUCGCGGCGUGGGAGCACGUCACUGGCGAGCUGGGCUUCGAGCCGCACAACGUCAUCAUCGCGGGCGAGAGCGCCGGCGGGCACCUCUCGCUCGCUGUCUCCACCCAGCUGGGGCAGUGGGACGCCCCCGGCCCAGGCGGCCUGGCCCUCUGCUCGCCGUGGGUCGACGUGACGCGCAGCUUCACGCCGCCCGCCGCCUCGUGGAUCGACUACCUCGAGCCCUUCUGGAGCCGGUACCACAUCCCCUCGCUGGUGCGCUACCUCACGGCCGAGGGCGAGCGCUCGCUGCUCGUGAGCCCCGCGCUCGCAGAGGCAGGCGCGUUCGACCACCUCGCAAAGGGCAAGACGAGCGUCUUCGUGUCCGUCGGCACGGCAGAGACCAUCGCGCCCGAGAUCUACGCGCUCAUCACCCGCCUCAAGGGCGACACCGUCAAAACGGCCGUGUUCGAGGACGAGAACGGCCUGCACAUCGCGCCCGCGUUCGCGCUGUUCCAGGCCAGCCCGAAGCAGUACACCAAGUUUGCGGCCGGCGUCAAGGGCCUCGUGAGGGACAUUGACGCCGCGAACAAGCAGCGCGCGAAGGAGGCCGCUCCGUCGGCGUGAGAGAGAGAGGGAGAGAGUGCCGGUGCCAGAGGUCGACGGCAAGGCGGCAAGGCGGAGGGAGCAAUGCCAACUCGCCACAACCCGCCAAACAUACCCUUGUAGCUAUGC